AUGGAUAAAGAACAUUAUCGACAAGUACCAUAUAGAUUUUUAAGCAACGAAUCAAAUACAGAUGCUUGUAAAUUGGAAAAAUUAACUAAUCUAUUUCCUGAUAUGAAAACAACAAUUGAAUUAGAAUUAUUUAAAAUCAAUAACUUGUCGCGUACAAUCGAUCGUCUUUCACGUGUAUACACAGUUUUAACGGCUUUGGAUGUUCGUGAUGAUACCCUACAUUUAUUUCUCGGUCCAUAUCAUCUUUCACUUGGUCCGGCAUUAUUUGCAGCAAUGAAUUUUAAAAAUGCUUCAACAGCAUUACUUGUUAAUUCACAUCCAACGUCAUCAGCUACGACUGAGAGUCAUCGACGUAAGCGUCGACGUGAAGUAGUACUUCGUCGAUUUCGUCGUGUGGUACGAAAAUUAACACUUGUGAUAUCAAUUAUUAAUGAACUUCGAGCAGCUUCAAUUCUUACUCCCUACAAUCAAUAUGAAUUAUAUAAACGUGGAAUUUAUGAUCUUGUUUUAGCUGGACGUAAAGAAUCUUCGAAUUCUAUGUUUUCAAAGAAUGAAUUUAUGGAGGAACUUGAAAAUUUAAAUGUAGAAAAAAGUUCAGGAGAACGAAAUCCUUUACUUGCAUCGAAUUUUACUAAAAUUAAUCAUCUACUUAAUCUAAUUUCUUCGUCUCAACAACAGCAACAACAACAACAACAACAACAGUCACAUAUAUUAGAAAAUUCAAUGACAAGAGCAAAUAGACAGAUAAUCAAAAUAACAUCACAAGAAUCAUUUGUGAAUGCAGUCAAUAAUGAUCCUUCAUCAUUAACAGAUCCUACAUCAUUACGAGAUUCUAAUACUGUAUGUUGCGCACUUCAUCGUCAAAAUUCACCUUAUUUUAUGCUUCCUAUUCGUUCAACAAUGAGUCCUCCAACUAGUCAAAUGAUAUCAAUCGGAUCUCGUUCAAGAAAUAGCAGCCAAUCCAAUACACAUAAAACUGUGUCUAUUCUUUCAAGGCAAAGUACGGCCAAUAGUCUACCUGAAUCGAUUGUUGAUGACGGUUCCAAUCAUGAUCUAACAACUACAACAUCACCACCACCACCAUCACUAUCACCAUCACCAAGAUUAUUCCUUGCAGCAACAAAAUCAAAUUCGCUAGAAAUUGAAUUAAAAACACCAACACAAUUAGUUGAAUCAAAUCUGUUUGCUUCAUCAUCUCAUGCCUUUUUAUCUUCGUCGAUCAUCAAUGAAGAGGACGCUCUUAUUAAUAAUAUUUCAUCUCUAUUAACAACCCAUUUUUUAUCUCGACAAUCGCCAUCAACAGCAUUAACAACGUCUAGUAUUGCCCAUGAACAUGAGACCAAUUCAAAUUUAAGCGAUAGCGCUAUUUCUCUUUCAACUGGUGGUACAACAGGAGCAAUUAAUAGUUCUCUUAUUUCGAAUCAAUCUUCAUCGUCAAUUAUCACUAACGAAAUCGAUAAACUUUUACAACGCAUCAAGACAGCUGUUGAUAACAGAUUAUCAAUCGAAAUAAUAAGCAAUAAUAGAAUGCGUCAACCACAGAGCACAUAUCAAACUUUGACAUCGACUCCUUUAAGAACGACGGCAAGUAAUCGUCGUCAACAAUUACUUGCAUUACAUGCUGUAUCAUGUCAAGACAGGCAUACAGAUGAAUACGAUGUAGAACAAUCUUCAUUGUCCAAUAGCAAACAUAAAUUGCAUUAUUCAUCCAAAUCACAAUCCUUCGAUGCGACCACCUUAAAUAGUCGUGAUGCGAUAACAACAACAAUAACAACAAUAGAUACAAAGAAUAACGUUUACGAAAUGACAACUUUUCAUUCUGAUGAAAAAGGUGUUCAAACUGAUCCUCGUAUUCGACACGCUCGUUCAAAGCUGCUAGAAACAUUACAAGAAUAUGUCACUGCUGUUAUUCGUUUUCGUCAACAUUUAUUUAAGCAAUAUACACAAUCAAAUACUUAUUACGAACAACAUUACAGUGCCAUGCCUGAGCUACAACAAUAUGAAUAUCGAGAUUUAAUGAACGUACGAAAAGAGAUUCUGAAUCGAUUCGAAUGGGUUCUUAAUGAACUUGAACAAACAAUUGAAAAUUUACAAGCACGUCGAUUAUCAGUUGCUGAUGCUCAACGUUCUAUUAACAGGCCGAUAGUUAAAGAAGUAAUUGAAUCAUCUCUCAAUGCCGAAAUACCACCUGUUGAUGAACAUCAAGCAAAUCUUCUAAAUGAUCGACAACGGUCUAUGCCAAGUGAAGAUGAAUGGCGAAUGUAUGCACGUGAUUUACAAGAUACCAAAGAAGAUUUAUAUUUCAUUGAUUCGCUUGUUCAUCGUGGGAUCUCUAAGAUAGAUCGAUUGGUAGCAUUUUCAAAUCUCUAUACAUAG